AUGCCGGACCUGAUGAAACGAUUCGCUUCAUUGUUCAAAAAGAAGCAGCAAGAAGAUAUACCAGCACGAUUACCUUCGAGUUUGACACGAAUCUACAAGGUUUCCAACCGUACCUUGGGAGUUGGCUCUUUUGCCGUUGUCAAGCUUUGCACGCAUAAAAAGACAGGCCAAACGUUCGCUUUGAAAAUUGUCAUGAAAAAGGCUAUUGCAGACGUCUUGAAGCAAGUUCGACAUCCACACAUUAUAUCAAUGCAUGGACUAUUCGAAGACGCGCAUGCUGUAUAUAUCGUAGCCGACCACGCCAAAGGUGGCGAAUUGUUUCAACAGCUAUUACGCAAAGGAUCGUAUACCGAGCGAGACGCCUCGAAUCUGGUGCGACAAAUAUUAGAAGGAUUGGCUUACCUCCAUGAGCACGAUAUAGUACAUCGCGACAUUAAGCCGGAAAACCUCCUGUUUCAGACAACUGAAAGUGAAGAUAAAUUGAUGAUCACAGACUUUGGCUUGUCAAGGAUCAUUAAAGACCAUGACGGUAUCUUGAUGACGGCAUGUGGUACACCGGGCUAUGUAGCUCCAGAAAUCCUUUUGCGCACUGGCCAUGGUACACCUGUGGAUAUAUGGAGUGUUGGCGUGAUUACAUAUACCUUACUUAGCGGAUACACGCCAUUCUGGGGAGCUGAUGAGGCCACCUUGUUUGAUAGCAUUAUUCGAGGACACUAUGAAUUCGAUGAAGAAUAUUGGAGCGAUAUUUCUGCAUCAGCUAAGCAUCUAAUAGAUUGCAUGUUGCAACUAGAUCCGGAGAAGCGGAUUACAGCGACCGAAGCAUUAGAGCAUCCAUGGAUUUCGCAAGGCCGUGCUAGUGCUACAGAUCUGAUUGCAAACGUACGGAAAGGAUUCACAAGUCGGCAAUCGUUUAGAUCAUUCACAACAGCCGUCUCGCAAAACAGUAAAUGAAUUAAAAAAGUCAAGCAUCUUUUUGCUCUAAACCAAUAAUACAUAAUGUAAAUGUACAAACAAAUAUGUAUGUAAACAUAAAAAAUAGUCCUUAUUUUCUGCAUCAACUAAACGGAGCCAAUGCGGAAAACCGCGGGUGAGCGCGGAAUAUUACCCCGGUUCCGAGCCAGAUCAUGAGGGUUGCAUGGUUUGUAUUUGAUAGCGUUAAGGAAAGGUCUGAUU